AAUCUGUCUUGUCAUAUGGAUGUAAGGCUUUCCUGUUGAUGAAAGUGGUGAUAUGAUCAUGAGCCGAAUUCCAACAGAGGAUUGAGCCCCGUUGUUGGCGGAAGCAACAGGCCCUUGCAGCAAUAAAUAAAAGUUGUCCCACAUCGAGAUUCCACAACAAGAAGCCACCAUUUACAUGUUUCGCACCAAGCCCCAAUGCAUCAUGAAGACCUGCUAAGCAAGUUGAAAUCGCAUGAAAUGGAGGCUCGAACAGCGCCUUGUACAUACUUGAAAACAUCAUGACCAAUGCUGCGGUGCCAUCAUCGUCUCAUCGCCUGCCAACACAAAGCGCGUCAGAAGCACUUCUAGACUUGCAAAAAGACGACCGAAUCGUAAUUCGUACUGGCCUUGCCCGUCUCGAUCGGAUUUUCGCAGGAUACGACAGUUCCUCGUCGGUAGGAAUCGAUCGUGGGAAGGUCACUGAGAUAUGGGGCCCGAGUGGCACGGGAAAAACUCUCCUGGCACUGCAGGUAGCUCGGGAGACUUUGAAAAGUGCAGGCAAUGUCGUAUGGUUGGAUGCCUCAAAACCCUUUACUUCGCCGAAUGUUGACGCACUUGCGCGAGAAGUCACUGCUGGAUCGAGUCACCGUGAUGGCGAAUCGUCAGCAUCCUCGUCGAAAAACUCACUACAAAGAGUAAUCCUACAUACACUCUCACAUCUGGUGACGCUUGUGCUUCAUCCACCUCCGUCAUUUCCACCGGCCAAGACAAAGCUGCUGGUCAUCGACAGCCUGAAUCUUAUUGUUGACCAAGACUACCCACGUCUACCAUACCUCUCGAGCACGCGAACUGAAUCGCAGAAAUGGAAGGCCAGUCGACGUUAUGCGGUCCUUGGUUCUUUGAUCUCAGGCCUCACAAAACUCGCCGCCCUCCAUGGCAUGGCCGUCAUCGUGACAACUGGUUGUAGUCCGCGCAGCAGGACUGACAGUGGCAAAGGAGCCGCGAUUGCGCCCGGUAUCGGAGGUGCCGAGUGGGAGACUGGAGUGUGGAAUCGCGUUGUGUUGUUCCGCGAUUUUGCAGGUCGAUUUAUCGGAGUGCAGAAGUUGCAAGGCAAGAAUCUCCAGCCGAUGGAUCCGGUUGGUCAUACAGGGAUUGUCACUCGAUUCGAAGUCCUUGAUGGUGGGCAGCUUCGUCAUCCAUUGGGUGACGAACAGGGAACGAACGAUGUCCACUCCAAUAAGCCGACUGCCCCUUCUUCGUCAAGCCCAGUCAAGAAUGGUCUGAAGCGCCCUUACGAUGAAGUCGCUGAUUCGGAUGAUGAUGAGAUCGACGAAUAUGGGUGGGCAGAAGCGGACGAUGAGGUUGCCGUUAUGGCUGAUGUGGUGAUACUUGGUAAUCAGCCUGCGACGGAAUCAGCUCCAGCUGAAUAGCUCAAAAAAAGCUCGUCAUCGGCAGCAUGAGCAGAAUAAACUAUCGUCUAUGGCAUUCUGACUCGACAGAAAUCAUUUCGAAGCUCCACAGCUCGAUAACGCCACAGGUACG